UAAUGAUUCACUUUAUUCUUGUCUUUUGUGAACGUAACAUUUCAUUAUUUUAUAUUAUUACUAGUUAUUAAUAAUGCCUCCAAAAGAUCCAGAAUUAAUUGCUCUUAGAAAAGAACUAGAAGAUUUAAUUGCAAAAUGUCAGCAAGACCAAAAAAGCAAACAAGACAAAACCAUUGAAGAAAUAUCUAAUGGAAUGGCUGAUGUGCCAAAAUGUAAAUUGGUCACUAAGAAAAUGCUCAAAGGACACAUUAAUAAAGUGAACUCUGUCCACUAUAGCGGCGAUAAUAGACAUGCAGUUUCCGGAUCGCUAGACGGCAAACUUAUCAUAUGGGACACAUGGACCGGUAAUAAAGUACAAGUUAUACCAUUACGUUCAGCCUGGGUUAUGUCGGUGGCUUUUGCACCUACGGGCAAUUUUGUCGCUUGUGGGGGGAUGGAUAAUAUGUGCACUGUUUACGAUUUAAAUAAUCGUGACUCGAACGGAGGAGCAAAAAUGGUACGCGAAUUAUUGGGUUACGAGGGCUUUUUGUCGUCGUGUCGAUUUGUCGACGAUAAAACCUUAAUCACCGGAUCUGGAGACAUGAAACUUUGUAUGUGGGACUUAGAAGUUGGUAAGAGGACAAAUGAAGUAGAAGCCGCUCACUGUGGAGACGUCGUUUCUUUAUCAUUGUCAUCUGACCAAAAUACAUUCGUGACGGGCAGCGUGGAUAAGACUUGUAAAUUGUGGGAUCUCAGGGAACUAAAAUGCAAACAAGUGUUUUUCGGACACGAAGCUGACGUGAAUUCUGUUUGUUUUCAUAACAGUGGAUACGGAUUUGCUACAGCUUCGGAGGACAAGUCGGCGCGUUUAUACGACAUUAGGUCUGAUCAACAAAUCGCCAUGUACAAGCCACCAAAUUCCACUUCAGGGUUCACUUCCUGUGGGCUAUCUGUGUCGGGUAGGUUUCUGUUGGCUGGUAGCGACGAUAACUCAAUUCACGUGUGGGACACAAUGAAAGUCCAACACAACGGUACUUUGAAUGGGCACGAGAACAGAGUAACUUCUUUGAGUGUAUCGCCGAAUGGUAUGUCCGUGGUCACAAGUUCCUGGGACAUGAAUGUACGUGUUUGGGUUUAAACAUGGAUAUUAUUAUGUACUUAUGAUUACCUAAAAUAACUUAUGUUAAACUCACCUAAUUAUAGGUAGAUAAAAUAAUAUAAUUAUAGUAUAUUAUAUUAUAGUUAUACUAAAUUAUAUUGGAUUCGUUUAAAUAAUUAAAACUCAAACAAAUGAUGUUUUUUUUUUAAAACAUCGGAAAACUAUAUUAUGUAUAAUUGCAUGCUUAUUCAACGAUAACGCGACCUUAAUACAUUUCAUCAUUAUUUGUCACGCUUUCCAUCCUCUCUACCACCAAUAGUAAAUAAUAUUAAGGUAUUGCGAAAAAAUAAAAUAAAAUCGCUCAUUGUACCUUAUUGUAACUAUAAUUUGUCAGUUUAUAGUGUGUUAAAGUCUUGUUACUAUUACACAGUGUUAUUUUUAUUAAAAUAUUAAACACAAUAAGUAUACAUUAAUUGAAGUAUUAUGUUUUUGAGUUGUAUUAAUUUUUGUUUAUUGAUUACCAUUCAUAUAAAUAUCAUUUAUUUUGGUCAGUAUUAGUUUAUAAUAUUAUACAGAUACAUAUUUAUUCAUUAAGCAUACGUUUUGUCUUAAGAAAAUAAUCAUAAUGUUAAUCGUUAAUUAUUGUUAUUGAUGUAGGUAUAGAUAUUGUAUAUUGUAUUAAGUUGUAACUGCGAUGAGUGCGAUGUAAUACUAACUAUAGUUAUGUACACACCUAACAAUGUAUGUUAAUUCUUUGACCAUCGAUACUUAAUUCCAUUGUAUGAAAUUAUAUUUGUUAUAAACAAUUAACCAUUAUACAAGGUGAUUCUUUUAAAGGUAAAAAUGCAUAUUCUUAAAUAGACAAAUAAUGUUUACAUUUUUGAAAAUAUUGUUAUUUUUUUUCUCUUUAAUAAAACAAGGUCAUAUUUA